CUCUUUUGCUCUCCCUUUCAUUUCCUAUAGUGAAACCGAGGACUUUGCUCUAAGCCAACCAGCGUGAGGAACUCCAGAAAUUCCAGCGGAGUCAUGCUCUUUGAACUGAGCCAGCCAGGAUGGCAGGAGGAGACGGGAGUCAAGAUUCCUGGGUUCUUGGACUGGAAAUACGGUUGGCUGAGCUGUCAACUAUGAAUUAGAGAUCCCUGAGCCAGAAGACUUGUUGGAGGAGAAAAUCAGGUGACCUUGUCGGGAUUUCAAGGCAAGAGAGGUGGUUUGUCAUUUCUUGGCCUCUUCAUCACAACCCUGGACUUCCUUGGGGGCCUCCCAUCCUAAUAUUGACCCCAUCUGACCCUGCUUAGCUUCUGCGAUCUGACAAGACCAGGCCUGCCGGGGAAUCCAGGUCAGGACAACAUGGACGUUAGCCAAUAUCUAUUACGGAUCGGGUACAAGGGUCCCGCCCAGCCUUCUCUGGAGACCUUGCGCCGUCUCCACCGUUGCCAUCUCCUCUCCGUGCCCUUUGGGAGCCUGAGCAUCCACUGUGGGGAGCCAAUCUCCUUGACGUUGCCCCUUCUCUACGACAAGAUUGUCCGCUGCCACCGGGACGGUUUCUGUUACGAGCUGAACGGGCUUUUCUUGUGGCUGCUGCAGACGCUGGGAUUUGACACCAAAGCAGUGUCCGGUCGCGUUCGGAACCGUUUCACGGGACACUACGGCCCCCCUCUGGACCAUAUGGUGAUUUUGGUCCAGUUGGAUGGACGCUCGUUCCUCUGUGAUGUCGGUUUUGGGGAAGCCUUUCUAGAGCCACUGGAGUUGAAGCCGGACUCGGAACAAGUCCAAGAUGGGGGCAUCUUCUGGCUCGGCAACAAGGGGGGAGUUUGGGUCUUGGAGCGCCGGGAAGUUCCUGGCAAGGACGGGAGACCUUUGUAUCAAUUCACCCUUGAGGAGAAGAAGUUGGAGGAUUUUGCUGACAUGUGCCUUUAUCACCAGACUUCGCCCAGUUCUAUCUUCCCCUGCAAAUCCUUCUGUUCCUUGCAUCAGGAAGACGGUGGGCGCCUUACCUAUAUGGGAUGGCGUCUCAUCUCCACAAUGGGGGAGAAACGUACGGAGACCCCACUGCAAAGCUCUGAGAUCCCAGCCGUCCUACGUGAGAAAUUUGGGAUUCAGUUGGAGAGGGACUUCGAGCCAAAGGACGAAAAGAUCAUGCCACCUCCUGAAGAAGGCUGAGAAGGUAGAAGGGAAACGGGUCUCCGAUUUGGACAGCAGGCUAGAAACUGGAUUAUACAUCAUCUCUUUGCACACAGGUUUCAGUCUCUGUCAGAACUGAUGUCAUAUCACAGGAUGUUCCAGAACAUUCUAACUUCAGAAAGGGGAGGGGCAGUCAAUUUUGAUGUUUCAGGCAUAGAAAAAAAAUGAUUCCCACAUGGUGCUUUGUCUUCCUACAGCAAGGUGGAGCUGCCCCCAGGUUGGUUUAAUCAAGAAGCAACUAGGGAAAGAUUUGAGGAUGGAGUGUGUGGAAGGCAGGGUUUGGGGAGGGGAGUGGAGUAUAACACCAUACACUCCACCCUCCCAAGUAUGGUUGCCAUGUGACUGCUGCGGAUGGGAGAUCUCCUACCGCCCAUUGGCUCUUGCCUUCUGUCACUCCAAGUGGCCAGCAGAAGAAAGAAAAAAAA